CGGCCAUGGCGUCCACCGCCACCUCCUCCCUCGGCGCCAUCCUCCAGCGCUUCCCGCUCCUAGCGCCCCGCCCCGCCUCCCGUCGGCCCCCCACCACCCGCCGCGCCGUCGCCAACAAGAUCUCCUGUAUCGGAUGGGACCCGGAGGGCAUCCUGGUGCCGCCGCAGCCGGGCCACAUCGUGCAGCUCGAGUUCCGGCGCCGCCUCGACAGCGCCGCCGACGCGCGCGCCGCUUUCGACCUCCAGGUCAAGGAGGAGCAGGAGCGCCGCCGCAAGGAGCGCAAGGUAAUCCAUAUUCAUUCCGUCCAUGAUGCUGACAAUGGCGGCGCGCGGGAGAUCGAGAUCGGCAGGCUCCGCCCCAGGCUCAACAAGGCCUUCUUCGACCACAUCCAGCGGGAGAUCGCGCAGAUCAAGUUCGCCGUCACCGAGACAGUGGUCUGCACCAACUUGAGCUCCCUGUUUCCUCUCCUCUGUGUGUCAAAACUUGAAAAUAGCCUGAACGAAACGUUUUUAACUUACAAAAGGGCCGUUGGUUGA